GCGAGAGCGCUGGUGUGCCGCGCGACCGCAGCGUGGGAUGUGGCGCUGGUGUGGGCUGCCUGCCUGAGUGCCUGCGUGGAGUGGAGUGGAGCGGAGUGGAGUGGAUACGCCCACGGCUCAGCCUCCCCCUCCGCCGCUCAAUCACACGGUGGGACUCGCCAGAGGACGGAGACUGGCGGCGACCGGCUGCGUCCAUCCAGGGUCCAGCGGGGAGGGCGUGAAAGGACAUGGGAGCGUCUGGCCGGCCCCAGCAACGCUCAUCUGACAGGAUCGGCCAAAGGACAACUUGCCAAAGGAGCAGCCGCAGACAAACGCCAACAGCGGCUCUGGCAGCGAGCACACGGAUUCGGAGGGAGUAAAACCACAACUGGACAGGGGCCAAACUUGCAUGGGGGCCAAAUCCCCGUCCAAGACUCAGCGCGUCUCCUCCAUCUAGCGCCUCCAUCCCCUCCCGUCUCCCAUUCGCCCUCUUUCACUCUCAUGGGAGUGACAUAGACGCCGGCGCUCUGUCCGCCCCAGGUAGGGAUGUCGUGGAAAAGGAACUACUUUGCGUCCGGCGGCGGAGCGGUCGGCGGGGUGCAGGGGCUGGCGACCCCGAGAACCAUGAACUCCAUCGCGCCCAGCAAGGGCCUGAGCAACGAGCCGGGACAGAACAGCUGCUUCCUGAACAGCGCUCUGCAGGUUUUGUGGCACCUGGACAUCUUCCGCAGAAGCUUCCGGCAGCUGACCACGCACAAGUGCAUGGAGGACUCCUGCAUCUUCUGCGCACUGAAGAGCAUCUUCGCCCAGUUCCAGUUCAGCAGCGAGCGCGUGCUGCCGUCGGACGCGCUGCGCAGCGCCCUGGCCAAGACCUUCCAGGACGAGCAGCGUUUCCAGCUCGGCAUCAUGGACGACGCCGCCGAGUGCUUUGAAAACCUUCUGAUGCGCAUCCACUUCCACAUCAGCGCCGAGAGCCGAGAGGACAUCUGCACGGCCAAACAUUGCAUCCCACACCAGAAGUUUGCCAUGACUCUGUUUGAACAGUGUGUUUGCAACAGCUGCGGAGCCACGUCGGACCCACUGCCCUUCAUUCAGAUGGUGCACUACAUCUCCACCACGUCCCUGUGUAACCAGGCAGUGAGGAUGCUAGAGGUCAGAGAAAAGGCUACGCCGGACAUGUUUGGGGAACUUCUGCGCAACGCCAGCAACAUGGGAGACCUCCGCAACUGUCCUAGCAACUGUGGCGAGGUGUUGCGUAUCCGCCGCGUGCUGAUGAACUCGCCGGAGAUCGUCUCCAUCGGGCUGGUGUGGGACUCGGACCACUCCGACCUGGCCGAGGACGUCAUCCACAGCCUGGGGACCUGCCUGCGCCUGGGCGACUUGUUCUACCGUGUGACAGAGGAGCGAGCUCGCCAGGCAGAGCUCUACUUGGUGGGCAUGGUGUGCUACUACGGCAAGCACUACUCCACCUUCUUCUUCCAGACCAAGAUACGCAAAUGGAUGUACUUCGACGAUGCCCAAGUCAAAGAGAUCGGCCCUAAGUGGAAGGACGUGGUGUCCCGCUGUAUCAAAGGCCAUUAUCAGCCCCUGCUGCUGCUCUACGCUGACCCCCGUGGGACGCCGGUGAUACUGCAGGAGAGCUCCAACCCCUGCACCGGCUCCAACCCGCAGCUGGAGCUCCAGCACUGCAGCGGCAGCAGCAAGGCGGGCUACGACAGCGAGGACUCCGGUCGGGAGCCGUCCAUUUCCAGCGAUACCCGGACGGACUCGUCGACGGACAGCUCGAGUCACCGCGCCUCACGCAGUCGACCUCUGCACCAAUCCACGGGCAGCCACCUGUCCAGUGACUCUCAGACCACCGUGGUCUGCAACUACCAGCUUGGCACGCCGUCCCACGGUGCAGACGCCGGAGAGUCAGCAGUGGAGGGUCCACCCGGGCCGCCCUCCCCUCCCCUGCAGGAGUACAAGGAGACGGCGGUCUUCCUGCUGUCGUCCCGACGCCCGCUCACCUCCUCCUCGUCUUCCUCUCGCCCUCUGUCCUCCUCCUCCUCGUCAGGGGUGGGGGGCUGCGAGGGCGGGGUGGGGGGCCGUCACUGGGAGGAUGAGAGCACCAGCAGCGAGAGCAAGUCCAGUUCCUCCGGAGGCUGCUACCGGCCCACCUGGAGGCCCCGCAGAGAAGCCCUGAACAUCGACAGCAUCUUCUCCACCCAGAGGGUCUGCUCUCAGGGCUACCACACCCUGCCGGGCCCCACUCUCCCUCCGCCCCCCCAGCCGCCCUUACCGCCGGUGCGGCCCACCACGCCCACGCCCACGCCCACGCCCACGCCGCGAGGCUCUCAGCAGGCUGCGGCGCUGGAGGCGAGAAUCGGGCUGGCGGGUCCGCCCAGGUCGUCGGGCGGUGGCGGCCGACCCACCACGGGCCCGCCCGCCCCUCCGCCCCUGAGGGGGGUGGAGCACCAACCCCGCCUGAUCCAGAGGAUGGAGAGCGGCUACGAGAGCAGCGAGAGGAACAGCAGCAGCCCUGACAGGGAGGUGGGCCAACACAAGCGGGCGCUCAUGUCCGGACCCUCAUGGCGCUCGGUGCCCAAGUCCAAGAGCAGCGGUGCUAUCCUGCAGGAACUGCCCUCACCUGGACGCCGUGGUGCCUCCAACACAGGGCGCAGUGAGCUGGACGAGCUCCAGGAGGAGGUGGCGAGGAGAGCCCGCCAGCAGGAGCAGCAAAAGCGCAAAGAGGCGGAGCGAGAGGCGGCCAUGGGGUUCAACCCCAAACCCAGCAAGUUCAUGGACCUGGAUCAGCUUCAGCACCAGGCCGUGCAUGAGACUAGCGCUCAAAGCGCAUCGGCUGUAGCCGCGUGCAUGAGGAGCGCCGCAGGGGCCCCCGCGCUCAAACGCAGGCAGGAACAGGAAACGGAACGCAGUGAACAGCCUGGCCCGGUCCAAGUACUGCUGACACCCAAUCAGGAGGAGUUCGAGGACCAGGCGUCGGCCAACCAGAACCCGCCCCCUCUGCCCCCUCUUCCCCCUCCGCCCCCGCCCUACCGUGCCCCCGCCGCCCCUCCCUGCCCUGCCGCGCUCACCCUCAGCAUCCCCCACCCGUGCGCCCCUUCCAGCCGGGGCGGGGGCAGCGACACGGGGGUGCGGCUGUGCGAGCUGCUGCAGGCGGGGGGCGUGAGCGUCAGACCCCUGGGAAGGCACUUGGCCAUCUCGCUACCGUCGCUCCCCUUGCGGUUUUGGGACGCGCCCGUCACGCCACCCCCUCGUCCCCCUCCCCCCCCGCCUCCGGAAGCCCCCGGGCAAAGGAAACCUGCCUCCCCUCUCUGGCAGCCGCCCCAGCCGGCUCCCGCCCCGCAGCCUUGGCGGCCCGCCGACGGCGCCACCCGCCAUUGGUCGUCCUGGAGUCUGGACCGCCCCGACGCCAUGGUGACGCCCUAUGACACCCCCCCGGACCACUGGGCUCCCAUCCCGCCUAGGCAGUGUGCCAGUCUCCCCCCUUCUCGGGGGCACCACGGCGACCCCAGGAGCUGUGAGCACGAGGAGGCGGAGUUGACGGAACUCGACACCCUUUACCAGGCCAGUCUGCAGGCGGGGAGGACAGGCUGCAGCCCGUCAGAGCGGCUUAUAUCCAGAGUGGGCGGCCAGGCCCGCUCCAGAACCCCCAACGCCGACAUGGAGAGGAGCGUGUUCGGGCCGGACGGCGCCAGAAGCCCCACCUACCUCAACAAGCCAAUGGUGUUGCAGGGUCCACGUUUGGGGGCGGGGCCCGACGAGGCGGGCAACCUGAGGCGAAUCGGACGCAGCCUGAGCGGCACGGUGGUGGUGACGCCGCGCCACGGCCGACUGACCGCCACCCGCAGCUUUGUGAGUGACCACCCGUCGCCCCCCUGUGGCCGGCGCGGCUCACUGCAUGCCGUCGUGGCGACACGCUUCCUGUUUCUUCACCUCUCUCUGCUUUUCUUUCUCCUUCUUCUUCUCUGUCUUUGUGCUGUGUGUCUUCCCAAGGCGAAGCAGGCUGACGCCAGUGCCUCCCAUUGCUUACUUCCUCUCUCCUGAGUCCCUGUCGCUAUCGCACCUCCAUCACUUCCUCCAUCCUCUUCAUCACCAACACUUGUCAUCACCACCUCCCUCCACCGCCUCACAGGAGUUGUCGGGCGGCGCCGGGAGUUUCUGGCUGUGUCUGACGGGGGUCAAGCUGGACCAGAGUCCCGCCCGCCCUCACUGAUCCUCGGGCGCCACUAGGGACGGACAAGCCCCUCCCCCUUUCCUGCAAAUGCCACGCAAAACCACACGCACGCACACACCUGCAGCGACGUAGAGCGCCCUUGCUUGGCCCCGCCCCCUUUUCCUGGAACCCUUUAACCCCACUAUUCUGUCUAUGCAGUCACUCCUGGCCCAUCCCGAUAGCCACGCCUCUUCCUCUUUCUUCACGGGCAUUUCCUGUCGGACGUAGCAGAGCUGAUUGGGGGACGUUGUACAGAACAGCAGGAGCCCCGCCCCCUUUUUCCUGCCCUCCAGCCAAUCACAGCUCCCCCUGUUUCUACCUGGAGCUCCCAGUUGGAUUAUUUUCUCCCCUCCCCUUCCUUUCGACCGUCGCUUCCCUUCCAAAAAAAAUGACCCAGUAGCGAGUGGGGAAGAUUGUAGGAACGACGCUCUAGUGCACUUUGCGAGGAGACGAAGUGCACUUUUUUACCGAAGGACUGAAGGGAGGAAGCUUCACUUUAAAAAAAAAGGUCUCAGGUUCUAAUCCGCGAUACACUUUAUACUCCCGGUCAGGCCCAGACAUGUUGCUUUAAAUGUGCGUUAGAGCUCUAUUUUCAGCCUGCCUGCUGGAGGAUGUCAACCAUGUUGGUCACGCACACACACACACACACACACACACACACACACACACACACACACACACACACACUUGUAUUUUCUACCUUCUUGAGACAUAGGAAAAAAGCCUACCUCUUUAGGACCAGCCUUUCUAGAUAUAUAAAGAUGUGUAUUUACAACAUUAAUAAUAUAUACAUACUAUGCAAAUAUAUGAAAAAAAGCUUUAUUAUAAAAGAAUUUCACAAGAAAAAGGUCACAAUUUCACAAGAAAAACUUUGAAUCU